AUGCCCGAGCUCAAGGUCGGAGACUCCUUCCCGGAGGAUGUUAGCUUCACCUACAUCCCAUUCACAUCCGAGAAGGCGUCCAUAGGAGCUUGCGGAAUCCCCGUCAAGUACGAUGCCAGCAAGGAGUGGCAGAACAAGAAGGUCGUACUGAUCGCUGUCCCGGGAGCUUUUACGCCCACCUGCUCCGAGAGACAUGUCCCGGGCUUCCUUGACAACAAGGAGAAGCUCAAGGCCAAGGGUGUUGACCAUGUGGUGGUCAUUGCCGUGAACGACGUGUUCGUGAUGAGUGCUUGGGGCAAGGCGAACCAAGUUACGGACGACUUCACGCUAUUCAUGGCCGACGACAAUCUGAAGUUUUCAAAGAGCAUUGGUUGGGUCACUCCCGAUGGAUCCCGUUCUGCCAGAUAUGCCAUCGUCAUUGAUCACGGAAAGGUUACUUAUGCUGAGCAGGAUAUCCCCAAGACUCUGGACAAGUCGAGUGCCGACGCCGUUCUGGCGAAGCUAUAG